UGUUGUUUAAAAUCAUAGGAUAUAUGACUAUGAAUUUACAGUAUCUGCAAUAAAUAAAAAUUCUGGAAAAAAUAAUUUUGUAUUAUUUUAAUGAAUGGAUUAUUUAAUAAAGUGAUACUUUGAAAAAAAAAGUUAUGAAUAAUGUCAAUCACUCGGAUGCUGCGGAAGUUCCAGAUGUGGCGACAGAAGGAGAAAACGGGGUGAUCACUCAAGAAGUUCUUGAUAAUGCUGCAUUCCAAUCAUUGGAUAGUACCCGUCGUAUGCUGCAGAUGUGUGAAGAGAGUAAGGAAGCAGGGAUUACGGUAUUAGUAAACUUAGAUGAACAGGGAGAACAACUUGAUAGGAUUGAAGAAGGUAUGGACCAGAUCAAUCAAGACAUGAAAGAUGCAGAGAAAAAUCUGGAAGGAAUGGAAAAAUGUUGUGGGUUAUGUGUGUUGCCAUGGAAACGAAUGAAGAACUUUGAGAAAGGAGGAGCUUAUGAUAAAACAUGGAAGGCAUCUGAAGAUGGCAAAGUGAACACAGAUGGACCAAGAGUUAUGGUUGAUGAAAGAAAUGGGGCUGGACCACAAGGAGGAUUUAUCACCAAAAUUACAAAUGAUGCUAGAGAGGAAGAAAUGGAGAAUAACUUAACAGAAGUCAGCGGCAUGCUGGGUAAUCUAAGAAACAUGGCAAUUGAUAUGGGAAGUGAAAUAACAUCUCAAAACAAUCAACUGGACAGAAUAUCAAAUAAGGCUGAUUCUAACGCUACUCGUAUUGGGGCAGCAAAUCAACGAGCAACUAAGAUUCUUAAGGAAGCAUAAACUGUCUGAAGUCACGUUUCUUUUUCUAUCUUAUGUUUUGCAUGAUUUUGAUACAGAAAAAAAACUUCUUUAUUUUCUUUUAUGUUGUUGACAUGGUCGACCAAAAUUUGAGAUUCUAUUUUUUUCUUUUGCAUGCAGAUUCCAAACAAAGACAUAUAUGUUGUGUGUUUUCUCUUCUUAGAUUUUAAGAUAAGAGUCUUUUUUUCUGUAACUCCAAAUUAUUAAAUACGUAAUUUGUGUUGUUAUUUCAGAAUUAUAGUAAAUUUUAGAAAAAUUGCAAAAUAAAGCAGUAUUUUAACAUUUCCCCCUUAGAAGUAGUAGUUUACAUAUCAUAGAAUUUAACACUUUUACUAAAUGUCUAUAUUUUUAGUAACUUUUUUAUCUGAAAAUUUCCCGACUUUUUUAAAUUCAUAUGGACGUUUUGUUUUUCUUUCACUUUUGUUUACAUUUUGUUUUGUUUGUGACACAGGCAACAAGCCUAAACGACAGAGUCGAUGUGGCCAAUACCAGAGCAAAGAAGAUACUACGGGACAAUUGAUGACAUUCCACGCCCUUGAUGGGUUUUGGCAUGAUACAAUUCAUUACAGACAACAUUUUAGUAGCUAUUAUUGAAAUGCAUUUCAGCCAAAGGAAAUCAUUUCCUACAUUCUCAUACUUGUUUGACUCAAUUGUUUUUUCAGUCUUUGUCAUACAAAUGUUAUUUUUUUUAACAGAAAAAAGUUCAAGAAUACUUAUGUUGGCCCACUUAAAUUAUUGUAUUCAAAAGUUGAGAUGAAAAUCUAGCUAUAGCCUAUAAACUGUUCAACAUAUUUUCUUAAUUGAAAAUUUUAAAAUUAACCAGUACUGUUAAUUCAGA